AUGUCUUCAGAUGAAGAAUCAGUAGACACAGAAACAUCGUUCGAAGAAGUGUCCAGUGUUGGUAGUACAGGGUCCAGCACGAGUACACAUGAAGUGUUCGCUGAUGAUAUUAUUACUACAAAGCCUGGUAAGGGGAAAGCCAGACAGAUUGAGUACAGCAGUGAGGAUGACUCUGAUGAAGGUCAACCGACUUUUGCGGACAUAUCACAAAGAAUUGGUGCAGAAAAUGUUCAAAUAGAUUCAGACAGUCAGGAGAUGACAGAUGAUGAAGAUUCUCAAUAUGUAAAUGCUCGAGAAGAUAGUCUUAGUGAUGAAGAUGAUGGUCCUAUGCCUAAUAAGAAUUAUCUCUGUGUACGAGUGUCUGACUCGUCUGGGCUUGACGAACUGACUGACAGUGCAGACGAAGGUGAUUCUAAUGCAAAUAGGGUUCAAGAGGAUAGUUCUAACGAAGAAGAUAUUCCUGCACGGCAAAACGACUAUGUCUCACCCGAGUCUGACUCACCGGUACCGCUGGAAUCAUCAGCGGAUGAAGAAGAAGAUUCUCCACAUGUAAAUACAAACGGGACUCAGGAGAAUAGUUUCAGCGAAGACGAAAUUCAUACGCAGCAAAACAACUACGUCUUUCCACACGCGUCUGACUUGUCCGAACCGCAGGAAUCAACGGACGAUCGUGAUGAACAUUUUCAACAUGUAAAUACCCGUACGACCCAUGAGGAUAGUUUUAGCGACGAAGAUAUGCCUAUGGACGAUGAAGAUGGUCCACGUGAAAAUUUAGGCGAACAACAUUCCCCACACGCAAAUCUAGAUGACCGGGAACAAAUCGAUGAUGAAGAAGUCGAUGACGAAGAAGUCGAUGAUGAAGAAGUCGAAGAAGAUGAAGUCAAAGAAGUCGAAGUUGAAGAAAAUGAAGACGAAGAAGAUGAAGUUGAAGAACAUGAAGUUGAUGAUGAAGACGAAGAAGUCGAAGUUGAAGAAAAUGAAGACGAAGAAGAUGAAGUUGAAGAAGAAGUCGAAGAACAUGAAGUUGAUGAUGAAGACGAAGAAGCUUCUGCACAUGCCGCAGAUAGUUCUCUGCAUGCAAAAACAAACGGCGAUGGAGAUAUUAAUAAACCCAAAAAGGAUCUUCACCUUAUGAGCAUGCAUGAUACUCCUGAAGUCAACGAAACAAUUACAAGCAACAAGAGCACCAAAGUUGCUACUGGUAAUGCCAAUCCUGAUCAGCAGGCAUGGAUUGAUGAAAGAUUUGCUGAAAUUCAGUCUUUGAUGGCAAAGCUAAAGCCACCGGGAGCAGAAGGAAUGCAAACCACAGCAAAACCUCUUUCGCUGCAUCCCGCGAAACCACAAGACAAGUCAGCGACUAGAGGUUAUAAAGGCGAUCACCGAAAGUCGAAAGAAAUGUCACAAAAGAAGGGUGAAUCUUUUAUUGACAAACUUUACGUGUCUGGUACUGGCGACAAGGCAGUCGAUGCAACUGAGGUCGAGAAGAUAUCAGGUCCAAGUAAACUCGAACUGCAAGACGAGUUAAACAUGCACAAGAUGGUAUACGAGAGUACAAGCCCUAAAUCGACAUCUACCGAAAGGCUUCAAGAAACUGAGAAGCCCAAAGAUAAAAAGCGAAAUCAAAAAAGUGAAGGAAAGCAUUCUGGACAGAAAUCAGAAUUGCUGCCAGAGAAAGAUGUUAAUCAAGAUCAAGAAGAUUUCCAUGACGACAAUUCUCAUAUCGGAAAGAAAUCGAGCAAAUUGAACACGUCCCCCAGUGGCAGUAAAAACAGAGAAUCUCUUCAUGAAACCAAACGUUUAUCAACUUCUACGAGUAAUCCGAUCAAAGGAAGUGCUAAACAAAAGGAAGAGCGUGUUGAAAAACAAGAUGCUCAUAAAGGCAAGAAAAAGGCUGGCAAACGUGGAAAUGGAGUAAAACUUGAUAGCGGCAUUGUUAGUACGAAGACGGGUGAAGGUUUGAAUACUCAACAAGCAUUACCCGUACCCGAAUCUGCAGCAGUCAUCGAUAACAGAAUGAACAGAAACAGUCCUUCACCUGGUUGUACUCUUUUCAGAAAACAAGAUGGCGAAACGGCUCACGAUUCUGAUUUAUCGGACAGUUCUUUGCAUUCUGGCGCUGGAGAAAUAGUUAGAUUGGCAGACGAAAGCCAGCCCAGCAGCGCUGCUCAGCAAACAUCGUAUAUACCCGAAGCUACGGCAUUUAGACGGGGACAGGGUUAUGAACCAAAACGUGAACCUGAUUUAUCAGAUGCUUCCUCGCGUUCUGCUACUGUUGGUACAAAAUUCGCGUUAGGAACUGAAAGUCCACAUGGUCGAACUACUCCGCAAGAGUCGCAGACAAACCCCAAAGUAAAAGGAAAGAAAUCUUCCAACAGGCAUCGUAGUGGCGCAAAACCUAAUGCUAGUACUGAUACAUUGACCAGGUCACAGGAUUCCGAUGAACCUAUUAGAGCUAAGCAAGAAUCACAGACAUCCGAAAAUAGCAAUACCAGCCUUUCGCGUAGUUCUUCCAAGAGAAACCAAGGUCACGGGAAAAAUCCUAAAUCCAAGUCACGUGGGAAGGGAAUUUCUGACAGAACUGCUCUGCAAACGUCCGAGAAUGACAGCAGUCCUUUGCCUAAUCCUUCUUCCAAAAAAAUCCAAAAUCACGGGGAAAAGCCGCAGGCUGGUGAUUCUUUGCAUUUUAACACUGAUCCUAAAAUCAAAUCACAGAGGGAAGUCAUUUAUGACAAAGCUACUCCGCAAGAAUCCAAGACGUCGAAAAAGAAACGGAAGAAGAAGAAACGUGAAGAACAAUCUAAUAUUGAUUCGGAUGACGAUUCCUUGCAACGUAGCAUUGACACAGCAACCAAGUCGCGGGAUGAAAGCAAUUUCAACAGGCGUAAUCAAGAAUCGCUCAAGUCCAAAAAUAAUAACAUCCCCUUGGCUGCUCCUUCAAAAGGAAACCAAAUUAAUAAAGCAAAAUCUAACUUCGACUCUGCUGACGAUUCCUCACAUCAUAAUAGAAAAAUCAAGCCGCAGGAUGAAAGCGAGCUCAACAGGAGUAAAAAAGGAUCGACCAAGUCCAAGAAUAAUAACCCCUUGUCUGUUCCUUCGAGAAGAACCCAAAUUAAUGAAACAAAAUCUAACGUCGACUCUGACGAUUCCUCGAAUCAUAAUAUCGACAGGAAACCCAGGUCGCGGGAUGAAAUUCAGCUCAACAAAAGUAAGCAAGAAACGUACAAGUCCAGGAAUAAGAAUAAUAGCCCUUUACCCGUUUCUUCACCCGCUCCUUCACCCGCUCCUUCACCCGCUCCUUCAACGAAAUCCCAAUAUAAUAGCGAUUCUCUGCGUCAUAAUGCCCAUACAAAAUCCAGGUCAUCAGACAUAAGUCAGUCUAACAGAACUGAUAAAGCAUCACAAGCAUCCAGAAGUAACAGAAACAGCACUUUGUCGAUGACUUCCAAAAGGGGCCAGAAUAGUGGAACAAAUGCUGAUCUCGAUUCAGAUGAAGAGUCUUCGCAUGAGCGCGCUGAUACCAAGUUCAGAAAGAAUGAGUAUCUGGAUAGCACAACUACUCGACAAGCGUCAACCCAAAAGAACACAAUUAGCUCUUCACCUACUCCGCAUCUCGAUUCAGCCAAUAAGUUUGGUGCUGCAGAUGUCUGGUCUGAGAAUAAAAAGCCGUCCAGCAGAACUACUCAACGAACAUCCAUGUUGGGUGAUGAAAAUCAGGAUAGCAAUCGCAAGUUGGGAGCUGAUAAUAUAAAUCGCUUCUCGCGUACUUUUGAUGCGGAUACUCGGCCUGCUGAUCAAAAUCAAUAUAACGAAACUAUUCGAGCAUCAUCUUUCACAAACAGCGACAACGGAUUUAAUGCAAACAGCUCUCUACCACGUGCUGGUAUCUCCUUCCAGAGAGACCAAAGCUACGAAACAACCCGUUCGUCAAUUUAUGGAGAUCAAAAUCAAAAGACCACUCAGCCAACGGGUUCACAAACGAGAGAUAGUCUUCACUUAAAUGAUGAUGCUCAUUCCAGGAACAUGGGUUUCGAGAAAAAUUACGGUUCAGAUAAUGUAGGGCUUGGGAAACAGCAUGGGCGUCCUACUACUGCUGGUAUCAUGGCUGAUUUAGAAAAUUCGCAUGGUGGUUUUUCGCAAAAUACUGGUGCUACUUCCGGAAAUCAAGGUCGCAACAAAUUAAAAGUAGGAAACUCACAAACUCGCUAUGAACCAAACGCCAAGGUAUUCCAUGUGUAUAUGCCUAAAAACUUGCCAAAAGGAUGUGAGGUUUGGGUUGUUGGCGACAUUCCCGAAUUGGGCAACUGGAAAAAAUUAAUGGUCCCUCUUACACAAUCAAAGAAUUCAAAAUAUUGGUAUUCGAAGCCGGUGGAAAUUCCAACAGUUCGCUUUGGGAAUCCCAUUCGCUACAAGUAUCUCCUUACCCUUAACAGCAGUAAGAGAGCACUUUGGGAUGUGCGGGGUUGGUUUGCGUCAAAUUCUGGUGACGUUUUUUUGUUUGAAGGCUAUGACGAGCGUGAUAACCGCACAUGCAAUCCUGCAAAGAACCAAUAUGAUGUCUGGAAGCCAAAUACCCAGUACAAAGUUUAUUCUAAAGAUCUUGAAUCAGAGUUUGCCUUCCCCUUGCAUGUAUUUCAAACGGUCACCAACGAAAAUCUCAAAGAAAAAAUAAUGGAUUACCAAAGACUACUCAAAGGAUAUGAGGGCUUAUGUAUCAAAGAAACGCGCUUUAUUGUUGAUAAUUAUUCUUUCGAAACCUUGCAAGAUGUAAACCGUAUCUUUUUAUGUGUGUUGAUUGGCGUCCUUUCAAAGCAGUCCAACCGUAGUCGCGAAAUCAAACUUCAGGAAGGGUUUCCGUCGGCUGAUUUCUUAGAUGCACUUGGUCGCAUAGACGAGAACACUCUACUCUCGGACUCUGAAACGAAGCAAUACAUAUCAUAUGCAGUUUGUGCAUUAGUCCAACAUAAUUCGCGAUGUUCAAAAUCGUUCGAUUGGAUGAGAGUAUUUAAUGCAACAGAGUUUAUAGAUCCGACUUGGACGUUCUUGAAUUCGAUUGAAGUACGCGAUCUUGACGCUGACGAAUCAAAGCAGUUUUGCAAGUCUUUUAUGAUAAAUGUCAAACCAUAUGUCGAUGCGGCGAGUGACCAUACUUAUGUGAAACUAUAUAAAUUUUUUAUCGAAAUAUCCAACGGCAUUUACAUUCUAUCCUUUAUUUGGACGACCUUCACUAGACCUGAUGAGCAAUUGACUCAGGCUUGGAAAGUGCGUCUGGGCCAAAUAAUCAACACAGAUGACGCAAUGAAAUUACUUAAUCAUUAUUAUGAAGUCCCAAAUGAUCUGGAUAUCGAGUACAGCUCCGUGUUCGUCAAGAGAGCUAUGAUACUGUUCGACGUUUACAAGAACUGGAAGAAAGAUGAUCUCAAUGCAUUCGUUACCUUGUUUAAAGAACUACAAUGGACUUCGGAAGAUCAAAUGGAAGUGCUACGACGUGCAUCAAAUUGUCGGCGCAUGGAAGUAUUAGAAAUAUUUGUGAAUCUAGUGGAAAUUGUUCUUGGGAGAACUCGUUCAGACUCAAAUGUGAAUGAAAAAAUAGACGAGUGUUGCUCACAAUGGCUCAGUCGUACAGUAAAUAUGAUAAAGGAAUCACAUAAACAUGUUCGCAAUAAUACGCAAAAUAAUGUUUGUAUGACCUAUCGUCAACUCUCCAUCAUCUACCCUAUCAUUGCAGACAGACCAAAAGUUAAAAACGGAUUGCUUAAAUUUGUCGAAGAAGAGAUAGAUCAUUAUGGGGACGAGCUAAUUUAUGUUGCAGCUAGAGACAUAGGAAACUUGUCAGGAAAAGAUAUCGAGGCAUCUUUUCGAAAGAUUUUGCGUAGAAGACUUGCACAACCUUCUUGUCGAGCGGACGAUAUACUACUGAAAAAAAUUAGGCUGAUAUGCGGUUGCGAUGGCAAACAGAUCCGAGUCCCUAAUGGCUUUUGCGAGGAGAUUAUAUUAUACAUUUUGACUAAAUUGCAAGAAAGCGCUCCGCAUGGAGACAUCGAAAUUAGCGAUGAUUUCCAUAAGAGCUUAUUGGAUUCGUCGAAAUUUUGGAUUAGUCUGUUAACUGCCACAGGUGAAGUAGCUCAUAUUAGGCAGAAGCAUAUAUAUAGCAUAAGGGUUAUAAAAGCUAUCAAAGAUUUGACGGAAAAGCUUCGAAGUCAAAGAAUCUCACUUGGCAUGCUCCAGUAUGUUCUCAAUCAUACGGAUAAAGAUCUCGCUGAAUAUUUAGCCAUUAUUAAUGACAGGCAGUCUCUUCCCAUUGAGCCGUCAACUCUUCGAGUAUUUCGAGACACACACGCUGUCUACUAUAAGACAUUACGUGAACUCGGCGAUUUUUAUGAAAGAUUUUGUCAGAAGGCUGGUGACGUUAUAACUUAUAUUGGUGACAUCGCUGAAAGAAGAAAUUCUCUUGAUAGGACUCGAUAUAGGGACAUUUUGUCAAAGGAACACUGGACAAUGCAUCAACCGAUAAUGACAAUUGCGGAACGCGCAUCUUCAUACGCCACAUUAGUAACAUUUAGUAAUGUUUUUGAAAUGUCCUUAAACAAAGUAAUUGAAGCAGAGGCGAUGAAUGUUAUAACCAUUUCUCAAAAAGUAAUGUUUGCAGCAUUCGAUGAAUAUGAUAAAAUACGAGUUUCUCACAAAGAUUGGACAAAUUUAACGUUCAAGAAUGCAAAGCUAGUAUGGAAUAAUGUCAAAGACGUGAGGGGAGAACUUGACUUCAUGUUAAAAGACAUGAAAAUAAAGGCUUCGGAGGAUUUGUUCAGGUCUAUUUCAAUUUUGUCGAAAAUAUCCAAGUGGCAAGAGCGAGCGGAAUAUCUGGAUGCAGUUGUGGAUAUUUUCGAUGUCAAGAAAGACAGUGGUACAGAUUUUAAGCAAUUGAGCCUGCAACUUAAGAACGAGGAAGGAAUGUUAAAAGACUUGAAGGCGGUGUUCGAUAAGUUUGACAACAGAAUCAAAAUUCUCAACGAUGAUUGUUGGAAGAUGAUCAGGGAAAUGGCCAAUGCACGUGGUUUAUUGAAAUGGCUUGAUGGACUUCGGUCGGACGCGUUGAAUAAUGUAAUUAACGGAGCAGAUGAUCAAUCUGAUGAACAUUUGAUCCAGGAGGACACAGUAUCUGCUCUCAUGGAAGUUAGACAAUUUGUGACCCCGCUUAAGCCACCCGAGCGCUUGAAAAUUGAUGAAUUUUUCAAAAAUCUUCGCGAAUUGACUAACAAUAACAAAAUGCUUGCGGAGAGAAUCUCGCGUUGUAGUGCCAACUAUUCUGCUCUGAGAAACAUGUAUGAGGGAAUUAAUAAUAGGGGAGAAGUCACGAGAGUGCGCAUUAAAAAUGCCGCGACCCGAGGAAUAUACACAUUUACCCGUGAUCAAAAUGAAGACCAGUGCUCCGUCGAUUACGGCUUAGCGGAAUUGCAAGAUUUGCGAGGUCGUGCUCUACUUAUUGCUAAACAGGAGACGGCAACUUUAGCUUCUAACAAAGAAACUGGCCGAGAUGAUUUGGAACAAGAGGAUAUGCGUGCAGAUGACGUGAUGAUGAAAUUCGUUCGUCAAGUAGACUUUGUAUACCAAAUUAUUAAAGUUGCAUCGAAACUUAUAGAAUUGGGACAUUUUGCUUAUCGUAACUUUAAUGAGGUGACUCUUAAUAUUGAAGAUAUGGAAGAAUUACUUGAUAGAUUGCAAAAUGAUUUGAGGGAUUGGGAAGAUAUUGUAAGUGAAGCACAAGAAGAUUACUAUUACUUGACAUUCUAUACCGGAAGACAUAUUUUAGCGUUUUAUGAUUAUUUCAGUCAAGAUACAGCCGUCGAUGACGAUCACAGACAACUUUGCCAGACGUUGUUAAAUUUCGUAAAUCCCAAUGCUCAUCUGGUAUCAACCGGUGGGAUUGUGAAACUGGAUUUGGAGAGAGAAAACUACAAUGAAGUGCUAUGUAGUAUCGGACAAAGACUUUCUGAUAUAUUUAGUCAUGUGGCCGUUGUUAUCAGGGGAAUUCCAUCCGGCACAAUAAAGGAACCAGUCGCCUCUGACAUUGCUCGAACUGGAGAGUUGUUUGUAGCAGCAUGCAAUGACAAGUUUCGAGUUCCAAAUAUCAUUAUGUCGUUGUAUGCUAAUCGCGGCCUGUACCCUGAAUCCUGGCAGGUUUUUAUAUGCCGAACAACAACUACUGCUGAAGAACUCACGCUGUUUGUUAAAAGGUGCUUUUUUGCGCCAAGAAAUAAAUACGGGGAGCACCUGUUCUGUAUUGCUAAUUUAGAAUUCCUUGAAUUUGAGCUUCAAUACAAUCUAGUCAACGAUAUAAGAACGCUGCUUAAUCGAGGAGAACCCUUCAAUUUAGCUUUGAUCUGUUGCAGAGAAAACGGAAUUCAUCAUCAUAUUCUUGACCAGUUUUCAAAACAUGUUGUCAAUACUGUGGGACUCGAAAUAUCUUCCAUGAAAAACAUGUAUGAAGAACUCUGUCCAAAUGUCAAAUGCGUAUCUUCUGAUUUGUCCGGACAAGGCAAAACAGAGUACAUCAAGCAAACUUGUAUGGAGACCACGUCAAUCCCAAGAAGCGUGCUGAUAAGUGACGGAAUGCGUUAUGACCGACUUGUCAGUCAGCUGCAUGAAUGUAAAUUAAAGCGUAUGGAGAGUUUGCACUUAAAUAUUGUUUCAGUUGACAAUCCUGCUGAAGUCAAUACCUUUAUUUUUGAAUUUCUGACACUUGGCAUUGUGUCUAACAAAGUGAAUAUCUCUAGUCUUCCGAAACAAUCUGUAUUCAUAGAAAUCGCAUCUACUAUGGAACAAUAUCUGCUCGAGUCAUUACCAAUCAUCAAGUGCUUACCACGAAAACAUCUUACGUGGGACAUCAACCGCUUUAUCAUCUCAAGUGAGAUUUAUAAUCCAAUACAGGUGGUGUGCCGCUACUUGGAUGCACUCAUGAAGGGUACAGUUGAUGAUAACGAUAUCUCUUUUGGACAUGGAGGUAUUCAAGAGCCCUUACCCGUCAUGCGUUGUCGAGAACUCAUACAACAUUACUUCUUCGCAAACAAUCCAGCUACCGUUGCUUCUUACCGCUUUGUGGAGAUUUUUAUAAACGUUUUGGCUGAUCAAUUAGUUCGUCUAUCGUUAAGUUCUUUCUUCCGCGUUGAGAACCUCAACUUGAUGUCACAAAAUAGCAAAGUAAGAUCAACGUUAUUAGAAACAUUAAUAUAUGUGUCAAAAGACUUUGCCACACGUUCUGUCGCGAGCAAAGCCGCACAACUAGCGUCAACUGCUAAAGAUGCAGAUAAAGCACGAUUAGCCACCAUAGCGCAAUGGGACGACUCGAAUCAUUUACUAGUGUUCUUCUUGUCACAAACACCAGACUCUAUUUGCGCCCUCUAUCGUGAUAGGAAAAAAGUACCGGAGAACGUUAAACGUCUUUUGUGGAGCCAAAAAGCACAACGUGAAAGUUUGAAAUCGUUUACCUUGGAAGACUAUCAUAAAAUGCUACCUCGAACUCUGCAAGAACGUCUGGAAUGUAUAGCUCGUACAUCGAUGGAAAGUAAAAAAUUUGGUGAUUACGCUCUAUCAGCUGACAAUCUUAUUAAAAUGGCACUUAUUUUGCUACGAGCACGCGCAAAUAUUCCGGUCGUUGUUUGUGGAGAGGCUGGAUGUGGCAAGACAAGUCUAAUAGCCUAUUUGGCAAGAGUCAUUGGUGUCCAAUUCCAUAAUCUCUCUUUGCAUGCUGGCAUUGUUGAGAGCCAGAUUCUUUUAUUCAUGAACAAGGGAAAUGCCGAUGCCGAGAAAACUGAAGAUGAAGUAUGGCUAUUUUUCGACGAAAUUAACACUUGCAACCACAUUGGUCUCCUGGCAGAUCUAAUAGCCCACAGAAUGUUCUUAGGAAAACCAAUCCUUCCGAAUAUUCGCCUGUUUGCUGCUUGUAAUCCUUACCGAUUGUGUGUGAACAAUGAUAACGUAGCAGGAUUAAAGAAAACAAGGGUAUACAAAAGUAAUCUUGUCUAUCAAGUUCAUCCUCUUCCUGAUCAAAUUCUUGAUUAUGUCUGGGACUUCGGUGUGCUCAAACCCGAAGAUGAAAAGUUAUAUAUAAAAAUCAUGGUCUCAAGCGAAAUAAAAGAGAAUACAAAGAAUUUUGAUAUGAUCAGCGAAUUGCUUUUUUCCUCCCAAGACUAUAUACGCCAAAUCGAAGGACCGCAAAGCGUAAGUCUGCGCGAUGUCAAAAGAGCAAUCAAACUAAUUAAAUGGUUUCAACAAAGCCUCCGAGACAGAAGGGAACUGAAAGAAAGGAGGAAAAAUACCCGUUAUAAAUACACAACGGGCAGGCAUUUGCCUGAACUUCCCGUUGUUCUAUCGUUGGGACUUUGUUAUCAAGCUCGACUUUACAAACAGAACGAGAGAUUAGAGUACCGUAGGCGGAUGGCAAAGGUUUUCGGGAAAUAUAGCAUUUACUUGACCUCGGAAAACUUUAAAGAUAUGCUUUACGAUGAACAGAAAGAUUGGAUAGAUAGAAUGAUAUGUCCACCAGCAACUGCCCAAAAUGAAGCCCUAUUGGAAAAUGUACUUGUAAUGAUAGUCUGUAUAAUGACACGAAUUCCAGUCUUUAUUAUUGGAGCUCCUGGAAGUUCUAAAUCGCUAUCGAUGCGACUUGUCAGUUCUAAUCUUCGGGGCGUUGAUUCGGAAAAUGCGUACUUUAAAACGCUGCCACAAGUUAUUGUAAUUCCGCAUCAAGGUUCAUCAACUUCAACGUCUGACGGAAUCGAGAAAGUUUUCCAGAAGGCAACAAAGUUUCAAGAAAGUAGAUCCAGAAAUUUCAACGUGCAAGCUGUGGUUCUUCUUGAUGAAGUUGGUCUAGCAGAAACGAGUCCAUUCAAUCCCUUAAAAGUAUUGCAUGGACUUCUCGAACCUAGUUAUCCUGAAAAUGAACCAAAAGUGGCAGUAAUCGGAAUAAGCAAUUGGAGAUUGGACAAUAGUAAAUCAAGCAGGGCAUUACUUGUCCAGAGGCCUCAAUUGGACGAAAAUGACCUUGUGAACACGGCUGAGGCUCUUCUUUUGGAAAACAGGAGGACCUGGCUUUUUGAUGUUAGUUCGAAGAAGCAGAAGAUACAAAGCAUUGCCAGAUCCUACACACACUAUCAAAAGAAUCAGAAAUAUCCCAAUUUUCAUGGUCUGCGUGAUUAUUAUGCUUUGAUCAAAAGUUUGGAUAAAAAGGAGCUUACCGUGGAAGAACUGAUUUAUGAGAACCUGAAAGAGAGGGAUGGAAGGCAUUUAAUGGUUAUUGGGAAAAGUGAUUCAAUUGUUAACCUCAUUACAUACAAUUUGAGGUCACUUGGUAUGGAUCCAAUGGUCCUAUGCGGUUCACAAUUCCCUGAUGAUGCUGACGGAGAUUAUUCUUAUGGCAUACUGAGUAGAAUUAUGAUGUGUGUUGAAGCGGGAAAGCCACUUGUACUAACCGACCUGGAUGCCAUAUAUGGGAGUUUAUAUGACCUUUGGAAUCAGAAUUACAUAACACAUGGUAGCAAAGACGAUCCCAAAUACUAUACAAGAGUAGCUUUGGGAGCUUAUGCUAAUCCACUGUGUUAUGUGCACCCGAAUUUCAGAUGCGUUCUUAUCUUUGACGAAAAACAAGUUGCUGCUGCAGACCCGCCUCUUUUGAAUCGCUUUGAAAAACAACGAUUAACUCUUGAUGAUACACUCAACGGGAGGCAAUAUCAAUUAUAUAUCAAACUCGAACAGUGGGUUAAAUCAAUAUCAACACUGAUGAAAAUGGAAAACGUCAAUGCAGCUAGUGGAUUUACCGAAGCAGAUUUUUUUAUUGGAUAUGACGAGGGCGAAACGCUUCAGAGUCUAGUGAUCCACGAAUGCAAUAAGAAUGCUAACAUUAAUGACGGAGCUAUUUUAGAAAAUUGUAAGGCAAGACUUAUAGACAUAGCAUCAUCAGAUGGUUUAAUCAGAGCUAGUCAUUCUUUAUUAGCUGCAGAGUCGGACGAAGUCAUAUUAUGGAAAACUUCUUACUUAGACUAUGGAGGACAUGAACAUAUAGCGGCAUACUUCGGACAAUUAAGAGAAUGUGUAAGCGAAUUUAAAUACAAUGAAGGUCACCAGCUGAUAAUACACACAUUCAGCAAUAUUAAUACUGAUAUAAAAGAAUGUCUCAGAGAAAUCAUAACGUGCCAAAUGGACAAGCUGUCAACUUUCAAAGCCGAAUCCCAAUUACAAAACAGAGUUAAGCAUUUUUGGUUUGAGAGUGAAGAUCAGUUGCUAGUUCUUCAAUGCGAUCUAUCAAUAACACAGCCAGGCUGUAUCAGAUUAGCAAAAUUUAUUAUUGAACAAUUCCGUACAGAAUAUCUUGCAAUAAGGACUAAGGAUAUGCCUCCCAAACAUGCGUGCAUUAUAUUACAUCAUCAUAGAGACCAGGGCAACAAAAGUUCGUUCAAUUUUAUGUGCGGAUGGGAUCAGAUUACUAUUGAGUCUUUAGGAACCCAAGAAAAACCUUUGUCCGCUUUCCUGAAUGGCAAUCUCUGUGAUAUAAUCGACUCAAUUUAUCCUUUCGAAGAAAUCUUGCAACAAGAGCUGAUCUGGUGCUUGCUUUGUAUUAAAUACCCAUCGCCCGGACAAUCAGUCGAUCGUAUUCGACUAUUGGUAGACGAAAUCUCCAGCAACGAAGCAUUUAUGGAAGUUUUGAAGACAAGAGUUAUGUGCUGGAUAAAGAAGAAUAUCCAAAAAAACUGGCAACUACAAGUAGCAUUGGAUAAAAAAUCCCUCUAUCUUCAUUCGUCGUUUUUAAAUGCAUUACUGGCUCACGUCCGCAUGCUUGUCAGGAAACCUAUCGCCCAAUUAUUGUACGAAUUGGAAAAGCAAAAUGCUCUUCUCACCUUCUUCCACAUUACCAGGGAAGUGGCUGACAACGGAAAGCUGCUCCGUUUGUGGACAGAUACUCUUAUGGACAAAAAUGUUAUAGAUAUUGAAUUGACCACAGAGCCAAAUCCAGAAGCCUAUAACAUAACGAAUCACCUGUACGAUUUUCGAUUCCCGUUCUCAUCCUAUUUUAUGGAACAAAUCAAUAGUUUCAAAGGGUUAUAUUUGGAGGCGGUCGCCCUUUUAGAAGAGGAAGAUGAGAACUUUGAUGAAAAUGGGGAAUUGCUACCUCGCCUGAUUGAAGACGAGUUAAAUAGUUUUGCAAAGAAAGUUGGGUAUCUUUUACCACUACUCAAAUCUGUUUCGUCUUCGGAUCUUUAUUUCAGAGACUUUGUGACCGUUAUUGCUUCGAAUUAUGGUGGUGACAGAGUUAGUCAAUUUCUCGCUAACCUUAUCAGUCAUACGAUUGGCCAAGAGAAUGUGCUGGAUCCUAUCAAGCUUCAUGCAUGCUGGUGGACAAAGUCAGACGCUGUGCUGGCACAAUUGCAGUUGGCAACGUUAUGUCCGACUAUCAUCAAUGCGGCGCUAGAUUACAAUGAGGAUGGGGCUAAUAAUUUUGAGGAAUAUUUGGUCAACGAAGUUACUAAUAUGACGCUAGGACGUUUGAAAAAUCUCUCAGAUGCCGACGACCAGAUGAUACAGUGGCAAUUGGAGGCAACGCACAUUCUGUCGCUCUGCUCUCAAAUCUCGGUAUCUUCAUCGGUGCUUUCAUUUCAGCUACUCAGGUUAUGUACUUAUUUGCUUUCAACUCGGGCUGUCCCUCUUAAUCAACUUGUAGAAAUUGUCAGAGAAAAUGACAAUAUCUUAGAGGAUCAAUUUAUAAAUCAUAUAUUCAAUGUUAUGGAUGGAUUCGAGCCAACAGAAAAGAACUUAACCUCCCGUCAAGCAUUUAUACUACGCUACAUGGACUUGAUUCCUAUAGAAUCACCAGCAAGAAUACUUCUUUAUGAAAAAAUAUUUGCGCCGGCAGAACCGCUACCGUUUACCGCACCAGUCAUCAACCAUAUUUUUGGGCAGGAAGUUGAUGAUAUCUUUCCACUAAUAGUCGGAGAUUUCGAUAGAGCGUUAGAAAUGUCCCAACACCUACAAAUUAUUAAUACUGCACUCUCAAAGCAUGAUCCUGAUUCUCUAAUGGCAGCUCUUUGUUGUGAUGUCAUUCAGCAGAAUUUCUUUGGUGAAUUAGGCAUGCAGCAGCUUUUAGAGCUCUUUCAUGAAGCAACUCAAACUAUUCGUGCCACUACCUCAAGUGUCUUGCAGAUCAUCUGUUCCAUCGCUUUAUUGAAACAAUUUACCCAUACACUUUGUGAAUUUAUCGACUUGGAGAACGCAAGGACUCAAACGAUUCAGUUCGACUUUAUGGAGACAGAUGACCUGAUGGAAAAUAUGAAUCAUAUAAUGGGUUUUGAUCAUCCACAAAUUCACUCGAUCCAGGUUUACUUUAUGAAGCGUCUUCGUUCUCGUGGAUUUACACUAGACGACAUCAGGAAAUUUAGUAACGUUCAAAGUCGCGUAUUUCCUUGGUUAGAAAACUUAAAAUGGGCCGACAGUGAAGAUGACACUCGUCUUCCUUUCAAUCCAUACUAUAUUACUCCAGGAUAUGCGAAUGCUGAAAGAGCUUACUCAGUCUUAAGUAGGCUUCACGACAAGACUCCCUUACAUGAACUUGUACAAGAAGCAGCUAAACCUGGCAAUAUUAAUGUGCGCCUUGCUUUAAUGGGCAUAAUUGUAAAUCAUUUAUAUGUCAUAAGAACACGAGGAUUCAGUCACAGCGAAGAAGGGGUUGCUGGAUUUCUUGCCGUACAACUUAACACUAUGAAUACUCAUCCAGUAUACAAGAGGGUAGCGCUAAGCACUAUCAAGAAUGGAAAUCCCCUACUGCAAGUUUUGCCACAAAUUGACAACACAGAGUUAAUAAUGAAAUCCGUUCUAAUUCAUAUAAUUGCAGUCCAUGCAUCACUUCCAGAAGAUCGUUCACCAUUGACUUUGUACUUGCAUAGAUUGGGAGGAACGAAAGGAAGUUUCAUAUUAACUUCUCCAUCAGAUGAACAAUCUAUGAUCUUUAAUUUGCUUCGUCGUGAAGGCAACGUCACUCGAUAUCGAUGCCAGUGCGGCUAUAUGUAUAUAGUAGCUAAUUGCGGGAAGGUAAAUCAAUCUCAAACAUGUCCAGACUGUAAGAUAACUCUUGGUGGUGAGAAAUCAGUAGCAGCCCCCGGCCAGACUAAACUAGACGCUAAUCCCGUGAGGACGUUUAACAAUCCAGACACGCCCGGUUAUAUCUUUGAAGCUGUAACACCAGAUACUAGAAAAACGGUGCGCGCACUGACACCGACUGCGUACCGCGUUCUUCACCUUUUCGUACAUGCUCUGAUUGGAGCAUCUACUACUCCACAGGUAGCCAAAGAAUUUCUUAGUGCUAAUGGUAACAACGUACCAGACUCUGUUUUUUAUUGCCAACAACAUAUAACAAAUGACUGGGAAGUUUUGAAAGCGCUUCUUGCAUGCAACGAUGAAACGUUGGCAUUAAUCAUACACAGUAUUCUGUAUUCUAUCCUGGAAAACGGAACCAACCUAAGUGCACACUUGAAUACGGCGGAGGCUCGGGAUUUAUGGGAACAAGACUUCCUCGAUAGACAUGUUAACCCUUAUACAAGAAAUGUGGCAGCGACUGCCAUGAAUUUACGAGAAAAAUUGGAAAAAGCUAAAACUGAUGGGAAAUCGCAGACGGCAACAUUCGAGGCUGAAAUAAAUGAAGUUUAUCAGACGACUGAUACGUAUCGUAAAUUAUACCUACCAAGACUAUGGAGACGCGUUGAGCCGGCGAGCAAGGAAGGUUUUAAGGCGUAUUUUAUAAACAAUACACAGUACAAAUCCGCUUUUCCGUUCCUCGACUUAUUCCUUGAGUUCGAGGAAAGUUUGUCUCUCGUAAAAUAUCUACGAUCUCUUGUGAAGUUUACUCAAAUCUUGACGAGACGCCUGGCGUAUCGAAUGACACGACAACAAGCGAUGAACAUGACAUUCCGUGAUUUUAUUGAUCGUGAAGAAAACAGAGAUUCAAGACUUCAUCUUGAAACCGCUUUCGAAAAUUUUAUGGAAGCUUGGAAUAAAGUUCAUCACUUGGUGAGGGGUUAUAGAUGUACAUCAUUUGAAUGUCCCCAGAUUUCUGCGUCGUCGCGGCUUGUUCUUGGGCUUGUCGAAAACAGAGAUAUCGGACUGUAUUUGUACGCCAUGUUGAAAAUGUUGAUACAACUUCAAAACAAAUUUCUCGCAAAAGUUGUUCUCAUUCCACCCGGCCGUUGUGGUUCGCUGAAGUUUAUUGAACGCCAGGUGAUGACCGACCAAAAUGCUCGUACGACGCAAUAUUAUAUAAAAUCAGUUCGCUUAGAAGAUGCGCGACGAUCAAACUUGAUAGAUUACGAGUGGAACGAUGAAAUUUUGAAGUAUAGCCAGCGUAACUUGGAGCACGGUCGUGGUCAAGAAAUUUCUUACGAUCUAUACAAAAUUGAAGCAGAGAUCGCACGAUGGCUUGUAUUUAACAAAGUAUUUUUGGAAGACAGUGAUGACGAAAUAUCAUUUGGAAUGUUCCCUUACCACAGGGAUAUGUUUCAAAGUUCGCUCGGCAUUCUCCAAGAAAUCAAAACUAAAAUACCUCAAGAACCGAUUCCUCAGGUGCUAAUUGCUCAAAUUACAGGAUCCAUAGAAAACGGUAAUAUGGAGGAGAUCCGUUUGCUGGAGGAUCCGCAUACUUUAUUAUCCGCUCUUGAGAUCCUGAUAUGCUUUGUGAAAAGAACAAGCCAUAACAAUAACCAAAUCCCUAUCAGAGAUUAUGUUAACGAUUGGUUAAAUUUAUCGACUCUUGAACAUAACGCGGAGAUAAAAAAAAUACUCGAUUUGGGUUUAAAGCUCAUGCAUGUGGUCUCGUUAUAUGAACUUGUGGAAGACCGAGUAGGUGACGUAGUCAUCGGUUGCAUUGAUGACAAGUAUAAGGAACCGCUUACGAUCGAGUUGGUGAACAGCCUUAACGAAGCAUGCACAUAUGAUGAUGCUAAAAAUAAAAUUCCCGCUGCAGCCUUUGCUAGAGCUUUGAAGCGAUUCGCAUUAAGGUGCCUGUCAGUAAAGCGGACACCUCCUGUUAAAGAAGGGGAUCAUCUAUCGACAUGGCUGGAAUCAACGAACUAUUGGACGGACAAUGUAUCUGAAGAACUUCUUGAAAAUCAGCUUCCGAAAAAAUUAAAAGUUUGCCACACACACGCUGUCUACGACUUGAUCAAAAAGGAGAUUGAGGUGAGUUAUUUCGAGACAUUUAAUGGAACGGUUUUAAGACUAUUUAGGUUGUUACUUAAUUUAACUAUCUUACCGCCAGUGGAGGAAUCGCAAACAGGAACGAAAACAUCCGCAAAGGUUUACGCUGCCCAACAAUAA